AUGAGCUCAUUUGGAUCGCGGCGAAAAGCCCGGGUGAUAAAAUUUGAUGAUGAAGAUGCAGAAGCUGCAGAGAAUAGCAGCUCUGAGGUUGGUGGCGCCCCAACCACAGAAUUCUCACAGCCAUCUUUCAGAAUAAAAUCGGCAAAAAAAGGCAGCAGGCAGUCUGGUCUUCGGAAAACACUUACGGCUGAUGGUAUACAUGACGAUGCAUCUCCGGGCAAUGAGGACGAGGAUGGCCCUGUGGUCGUGAAAGCAAAGUUUGGCGCGCAGAAACAAAAGAGAAAGCCCAAGUCACGACUAUCCUUUGGUCUGGGGGGUAAUGAAGAAGAGGCCGACAUUGAAUUAUUGGACAGCUCGAUAAAGAAAUCAACACUAGGGCAACGCGUGGUCGAAAACAAUGCGGUCAAGCGAGGCAUAGCACUGCGAGGAUUUCCGACGCGGGCUCCGGAUGACGAGCAUGACAGGCCACGGUAUAGCAAGGAGUAUCUCGAGGAGUUGCAGUCUUCUACCCCGACCACUCCCAUUGACUCUGGGUCCAUACCGACAGAUGGUGAUGAAAUGGAGCUGGAUGCCGCCGAGCUUGAAGGAGCCUUGGUCGUAGACUCUCCGGCGCCUGCCCCCGCCGCAACAAAAAUACAAGUGCUCACCGAAGCCGAAAUCCAAGAACGAAAAGAGCGCCGAGCGAGACUAGCUCAGGAACAAGAUUUCUUGUCUGUCGAGGAUGAUGACGAUGACGGGAGAACCAAGAAAAAGGGGGACGCGAGGUUGGCAACGGAUGAAGAUCAGCUGGGCGAAGGCUUUGAUGAUUUCGUCGAAGAUGGCGGCAUCUCUCUCGGGAAGCGCGCGGAGAAGCAACGGCGCAAACAAAACCGGGAAAAGAUGGCAGAGCUCAUCAACGCGGCCGAGGGGCACUCUUCCGACUCCUCUUCCGACAGCGAAGCGGAGCGCCGAAUAGCCUACGAAACAGCGCAGACUCGCUCGGGUAUGGAUGGUCUCAAGCGCCCGCGCCGAGACCCGGCCAAGGAGCUGCUGGAGAUCCCCUCCAAGAUUACGCCGCUGCCGAGCCUGGCCGAGUGUAUCGCCCGUCUGCAGACGACGCUCAGCGGAAUGGAAGCGCAGAUGCAGCUCAAGAGCGCGUCCGUCGCGCAGAUGCGCAGCGAAAAGCAAGGCAUCGCAACGCGGGAGAAGGAAGUGCAGGCGCUACUGGAUGAGACGGGCAAGAAGUACCAGGAAGCUAUGGGGAAGACAGCUGAGUUUUCCAGCGAUGGUACGUCUGCGACGAGGGCUAUAUUUGAGGGGGCAUUUGCUGGCGACCGUGGUCUAGACAGCUUGGGAUUGACACCGGGCCGUACUGCAGCAGAGAUGGGAGACAACGAGCUGUAA